AUGAGGACACAGUUUGAUCUCUGGAAGGAUCACUUCAAAAUGGUCAUCCUUACAGAGAUCAUGCGACAGAAGGACGAUCGAGCUUUUGCUGAACUCCUGAACCGCCUUAGAGUGAAGCAAAAGCUUGAUCCUUUGAGCGAUGAAGAUAGAGGGUUGCUCACACAGGCAGUGGCUGAUGUCAAGGAUUCUCAGGAUUACAGGAAAAUGCCUACAACUGGCUGCAUGACGAUGGUGUUUGACAUUAAAGGUAACAAGCGAGACUUGCCUGACGAAAUUGUUAAUGGAACAUUUGGAACCAUCUCGCACAUUGUAAUGACGGAGAGCGAGCCAAAAUUUGUAAAGUUGAUUGGACUCCAACUGGACAAUCCCACAGCAGGACAGAGAUUCCGCAAAAAGAUCUUGGGUCCCUCAGAUAAUCUGGCCUAUAUUGAAAGAUCUGAGGAGAACCUGAGCAACAAAAAAGGGGUUGUUCGUCGCCAGUUCCCCAUGAAGUUGGCCUUUGCGUGUACGACCCACAAAGUACAACGCAUGACAAUGGCGUCAGCGGUUGUGUGCCUGAAACGUGUCUUUGAACCAGCCAUGGCUUAUGUAGCUCUCAGCCGCACAACUUCGCUGGGAGACAUUCAGGGCCAGUUUUGGUUCAAACAGCCUAUUGUGUUGCUGAUUGUGGUGGAGCUGAAGAAGAGACUGCUGGAAGAGGAAUUUGAGUCGAGCUACUUGUUUGUGUUGCUUGUUGGUGACUCUCACCUUCGGAGCAUUGCAGAUGGCUUUGUGAAGAUGCCAGAGGGCAAGUUGUCUUUUGGAGUCAUGUCAACACCAGGGGCAACCAUAGCAGAAGCUGCAACCGAGUUUGAGAAAUUGAUUCGGACUGCACUCAGCAUUUGGCCCAACGUGCUUAUUUUGGAUUUCCCACCACGGCUAAAUUUUGAUGAGGGCUGGCAGGAAUCUGUUCGUCAAGAGUUUCAUCGGAUUUCUGCACGUAUGGGUGUGAGGUAUGCCUCUGUGGCGGAGCACUUCCCAGUGAAGCGACUCGAGUUGUGGGCUCGUGAUGGUGUGCAUCUGAGUGAUACAGCUGGAAUGGAGAUCUUGGUUGAUCUGAUAUGGGCUGCAGCUUAUCAACAAUUAUCCAAAGAAGUUGUUAAAGCAGAAGCAUGUCGAAAGGCAGUGCCAAUGGGUGGAAGGUCUGCAUCAACAGCUGCAGUGAAGGAAAGGCCUGUUCCUAGGAACGAGCACGGUGUUGUGGUGAGGACCUCAAAUGUGGAGGAGUGGACUGUUGUGCAACCACGGAAGAAAUACAAGCCAGACAUGGUCCUGCAGGACUGCGCAGUUGUACUGAAUCCAAUCCAUUUCAGUUGGAAGAUGCUGGAGGAAAUGGACAAAGUUGCCCCAGCAGAUCUGUCUGGAUCGACAGCAGAGAUGGUGUGUGGAACUGAGCAGGACACAGAGGUUACACAUGCUGACACUGAAAUAGACUCUGAGGCUGCCAAUGAGGACAAUCUUUUACAUGACAGGCAGCAACAUUGCGUGCAUAUGGACACCUGCCUUCAGCCUGUAGACAUUGGGCAAGAGGUGUUAGACCAUUAUUUCGAUAAGAUUUUACACGUUGCCCCUGGUGAAGGUAACACGCCUGUGCCAUUGCUGUUAGAUGCAAAUACAGAAGGGAAGUGCUUCCCUGCACUCUUUCCAGAUGGCCGAAAUACUUAUCAUGAGCCGAAGAAGGAAAAAUUAAGCUUGUCACGGUAUUUCAAUCUUCGAAUAAUGAGUGCAGACUCACGCUUUGGCAAAAACAUUGAGUACAUUUUCUAUGCUCAGUAUGUAUCUGAAAUGUCUCAGGUAGUAUCAAAAGUGUCUAUUGCGUUAAGGAAAGGUAAAGGAACAGAAAAGAAGAUAGCAAUAGGGCCAGAGAUGGUAAGGGAUGAAAAAGUGUUGAGAAAUCUACUUAAACACGAUGAGGGUUAUAGGUUCUUAAAACCCAUACAUGGAUCUCCACCUUACUGGCAGGGUGUUCAAAAAGACUUGUUUGCUAUGAUUCGUCAGCUGGGCAUUCCAACAUGGUUUUGCUCAUUUUCGUCAGCUGAUCUGCGGUGGGAGAAUUUAUUAGAAAGUAUUUUGAAGCAGGAAGGCAGACAUGAAAAUGUACAUGAUUUAGAUUGGAGUGAGAGAUGCAACCUCCUGCAUCAAAACCCUGUUUUAGCUGCAAGAAUGUUUGAUUUUCGCUGGCACAAAUUUUUGUCUGAAGUUAUUAUGUCUCCAUGUCAUCCUGUAGGAAAAGUUGUGGAUUAUUUUUAUAGAAUUGAAUUUCAACAGCGUGGCUCUCCCCAUGUGCACUGUCUGUUUUGGGUGGAGAAUGCCCCUCAAAUAGGCAAACAGUCAGAUGAUGCAGUGGUGGAUUUUGUGGACACUUAUGUUACUUGCGAGUUGCCAUGUAAUGAUGAGAAUUUGUUAGAGAAGGUAACCACAGUACAGCAACACAGCAAAAACCAUGCUAAGUCUUGUAAGAAGAAAGGAACUACUUGUCGUUUCAAUUUUCCUCGACCACCAUCAAAAACCACGUUUAUCUGCCAUAAACAGGAAGAUGAGGAAGACGAACAGCCAUGUCAAUGCAGUAGUUUAGAGAAGUGUACUUGUCUUGAGCAAAUAGCAGCGAAAAUGACUGAAAAACAAGAAGCUGCAAAUAUUGUUAGAGUUCGGGAAGCCAUAGCACAGCCAGAUAAACAGUAUUCUUCAAUUGAAGAAUUAUUUGCCGCUGUAGCUGUUACUCAGGAAUCCUACCAGUGGGCAUAUCAAUUACUGACUAAGAAAACCCAACUUGUACUGAAAAGACAACCUAAUGCUGUUUGGAUUAAUCCUUACAAUGCAUCUUUGCUGAAGUGUUGGAAUGCUAACAUGGACAUUCAGUACGUAGUGGAUGCAUACGCUUGUGUUGUAUACAUUAUCUCCUACAUUUCAAAAGCUGAAAGGGAAAUGGGCCUGUUGUCACAUGCACAAAAAGAAGCGUUCAAGGAAAAAAAUGUAGAUGCCAAACAAGCAUUAAGAAAAUUAGGCACUGUGUAUUUACAUCACCGAGAUGUUUCAGCCCAGGAAGCUGUUUAUCGAUUAACAAACAUGCAUCUAAAACAAUGUUCUAGGAAUGUGCACUUUGUUCCGACAGGAGAUAAUAUUGUAAAAAUGAGCAAACCAUUAGCUACAUUACAAGCCCACGCAGCAAAUCAAAAUUUAUCUUCUGAAGAUAUUUGGAUGAGUGGUAUAGUUGACAAAUAUAAGUCCAGACCAGAUGGAGAACCUUUUGAAGAAUUGUGCUUGGCUAGUUUCGUUUCGCAGUAUCGAGUUUUAUAUGGUAAGGAGACAUCUGUUCACAAAAUUGAACUGAAAAACAAUGCUGGAUUUGUUGUACGUAGGACAAGAGGAAAACCAGCCAUUGUUAGAUAUGCCAUGUUUUCCCCUACAAGUAAUCCAGAGCAAUUUUACCAUACUCUCAUGCAGUUGUUUUUACCAUACAAAAUAGAUGAGCAAUUAAAACCACCUCAGUAUGAAAAGUAUGAAGACUUUUAUACAGCCACUGGCCAUGUCUCUUACACAAAUGGCAUACUACAACCAGUGAAGAACAUUGUAGACUACAAUAGAAGUCUUUUUGAAAAAGAAACAGAGGUACUUGAGCUGGCUGCACAAGACAUACAUGAUGAUGCUGUAGAAGAUGCUUGGUGUCUAUUAGCUCCAGGGCAGGAACAGGAACGCAUAGAGUGCCAAGACAUCAUAGAAAAGGUUGGCAAAGAUGAUGAGGGUUGGGAAGACAUUCCAGAUCUGACAGAACAUGAUGGUCCUCCUUUUCUUUUGGAGAAACAUACCAAAUCGCUGUCUAAAGUUGAGGCUAUGACACUAAUCCGAUCACUGAAUGACACCCAAUUAGCGAUUUUCUACCAAAUUAGACAAUGGUGUUUAGAUAAGAGGCAAGGGAAAAACCCUGACCCAUUUCAUGUGUUUAUAACUGGAGGUGCUGGUACUGGGAAGAGCCAUUUAAUCAAAGCUAUCCACUGUGAAGCUAGUCGUUUGCUGUCCACUAAAGCAGGUACACCAGAUGACAAUGUGGUGCUGUUAACUGCACCAACUGGAAUUGAGGCUUAUAACCUAAAAGCAUCCACAAUUCAUAGUGCCUUAGGAAUUGGUACAAAUGUGAAACUGCCAUACACUCCGCUUGGAGAAGAAAAAUUAAACACACUACGAAGUGAAUUAGGACAUGUGCAGAUUAUAGUUAUAGAUGAAAUAUCAAUGGUUGACCACAAAUUAUUAGCAUAUGUGCAUGGUCGGUUGAGGCAAAUAAAACAAACCGGUAACUUUGCUCCAUUUGGUAAUGUUAGUGUCAUUGCUGUCGGAGAUUUAUUUCAGUUAAGUCCUGUGAGGGGAACACCUUUAUAUAUGGAUUUUGAUGUAGAUUUGUGGAAAACUAAUUUCUCAGUUGUCCAAUUGACGACUGUAGUUAGGCAACAAGACACAGUUUUUGCUGAGUUGUUAAACCGUUUAAGAACUAAAACCAAAGACACUCCACUUCUUGCUAAUGAUGCCAAACUUUUACAACAACGCGAAACAGGGGAAGAAAGUACUGCACUUCAUAUAUUUCCAACAAACGACCAGGUGGACACACUGAAUAUGCAACGCCUACAUGCUUAUUGUACUGAUAUUAUAUCUAUAAAAUCACAUGAUUACAAAAAAGAACACAAAACAGGAAGGACCGUUGCACUUAAAGGCCAACAUGCACACAUGAAGACCAAUUCACUUUCUGCAGAGUUAUGGUUGGGUGUAGGUGCACGAGUGUUACUCAUGAAAAAUAUAGAUGUUUUAGAUGGUCUUGUUAAUGGGGUCUGUGGUUCUGUAAGGCUGCUGGGCCAUAGAAGGUUCACGCUGCACGUUCACGUGUUAUUUGAUGAUCCUGAAAUUGGUAGACAAAGACGGAAACAAGAUCCUUGUAACAAAGCCCAUUUGUCCAAUUCCACUCCUAUAUUUCCAGAGGAGCAGCAAAUUGACUACAAAGGAGGAACACGCAGGCAAAUACCUUUGAAGUUAGCUUACGCUUUAACUGUGCAUAAGGUGCAAGGGUUAACUCUAGACCAAGCAGUUGUGUCAUUGAAGAAAGUGUUUGCUCCAGGACAAGCAUAUGUUGCCCUUAGCCGUGUCAAAUCUCUUCCUGGUUUAAUUCUUCACCACUUCUCAGAAAAGGCCAUCUAUUGCAAAAACAAUGUUCAAGGAGCAAUAAAUGACAUGCCACACUUCCUCAGCAAUUCACCAUCUUUUGAAAUAUGUUCUCAAACAAGCAUUUGGCUGAUGAAUAUUCAGGGCUUACUAAAUCAUGUUCAAGAUUUAAAACGGUGUGUUGAGAGAGGCCUUCCAAGUUGUAUUGCUUUGACAGAAACCUGGCUACCAGAAGACAUUUCGCAGCACAAACUGCAUGUAAACAACUAUGCAUUUUUCAAUUCGCCACGUACUUCAGCAUAUUCUCCCCAAAACAGCAUUCUGUGUGAAUUAGGCAAACAGCAACGUGGAGGAGUUGGAUUAUAUGUACACCGCAGACAGAACUUCAAGAUGCAUACCAUUCCAUAUCCUAAUCUAGAAUGUUCCAUUGUACAGUUCCCAGACGUAAACAUCAUUGUAGCAACAGUCUAUCGACCUCCAAAAUAUCCCAUGCCACUGUUUAAACAUAACCUUAGCAACCUCAUUCAUCACUUGGCAACCAUAACUUCUAAUAUCAUUAUCAUGGGUGAUUUCAAUGACAACAUUUUCACAUCAAAUACUCUAGUAAACUAUAUGGCAACAAAAGACUUUCAUCAAAUGGUCUCUGCCGCCACUACAGACAUGGGGUCUUUGAUAGAUCACAUUUACGUCAAAAAACACUUAGUUACGUGUGUUCAUACUACAAUUAUGCCUUUGUAUUUCAGUGACCAUCAAGGCAUUAUAUUUACUUUCAGUGCACAGCAAUUAAAGUCUGCGAACCUGCAAGCAUCAGCUACCAGCAAACAGGAAGACCCUGACUCCCGUACCUGCUCUUCGUCCUGCAACCAGCCUGUUCUCCAUUCCCAUGUCUCGCUUGUUCCCGUGUUCCCGCUUCAUCAGUCACGCAUGUUCCAACUCCCUCUCGACCGAUGCACCGGCAUGCACUGUCAGCUCGUCAACAACCUCCGCUUUGCUCUCCAGCCCUGA